GAGACGCGUUUGACACAAGCGAUCAGUUUGCCAGAAACACUGGUCGCAAUAUUUACAAUUUUAUACUGAUAAGGCAGCGCGAAAUAUAAAGCAUACAACCAACAAAAAGAGCAAAAUGUCACGACUACGAGUUCAUACUAAAACGAUAACGUUAAUAUUAAUCUGGCUUGCUGUGGCCACACACGUACAGGCUGGUCUGUUCAGCAUACCUGAUCUGGGUAAAAGUUUGCAGAAUAUUGCGACGGGAGUCUCCAAAGACAUAACCAGUCAGGCUCCGGCACUCUCUUCACAAACGAUAAGAUCGCGUGUGACACCAGAUUUGCGGAAAAUUCAGUUUCAAUUACGCACCUCCUGCAAUAAAUAUAGUUAUCCGCUGUUGGAUGCUAAUCAAAUAUGGCAGAGUCCCGAAUUCGAUUCGACGAAGAAGGUGGUCAUUUUGGUUACUGGUUGGACCACAACUGUUAACAACUCGGAUACUAUCGAUGUGUUGGCCAAGGCGUAUAAUUGUCGCGGUGAUGUGAAUUUUGUGGCCGUUGAUAUAGCAAAUUUUGUGGCUACCCUCUACACUUGGGCUGCAUUGAAUACGGAUGAAAUUGGCGCGAGUCUCGCCAAAGGCAUCGAUUUACUGACUCAGGUAGUACCGCUCGAAAAUAUACACCUGAUCGGUCACAGUCUGGGCGCACAUAUCGUCGGCGCUGCCGGGCGUUACUUUAACUAUAAAACUGGCAAGCUUGUGCCUCGCAUAACCGGUUUGGAUCCAGCGAAACCCUGUUUCAACGAAGGUCACGUACUUUCCGGUCUGCUGCGAGGCGACGCCAAGUUCAUCGAUGUGAUUCAUUCGAACCCCGGUGUGCUGGGCAAACGCGAACCAAUGGGUGAUGUGGACUUCUAUCCGGGCGGUUUGGAUCCUCUGCCAAAAGGUUGUCUGGACGUGGUUUGUGCACAUGGCCGUUCGUGGGUAUAUUAUGCGGAAACCGUUUAUCCAGGCAAUGAAUUGAAUUUCAUGGCUAAACGUUGCACUUCACAGACGAACUUGGCCGAUAAUAAAUGUCCGGGUGCUGAGUCCCCCAUGGGCUAUGCGGUGCCACAUGCACUCAGAGGCAAUUACUUUUUGGAAAUCAACUCAGCAGCGCCUUUCGGUAAGGGUGCUAAUAAAGAGAAAUUAUUGUCUCAAGCCAAUUGUGGUCUAUGUGUGGAGAAGACAUAUAAGUGAGAUGUUAACAUUCUAACUUUAUCGAGACAUAGUGCAUCAGUUUUAGAAAUUAUUUCAUGCCAUAAUCUUAUUAUCAUAGAAAAAUUAACUUCUUUAUAUAUUCUUGUUGUUGUUUUUUAAUAAAAUUGUUUAUUGAAUAUA